AUACGUAGUCCUUGUUACAAAUCAAGCAAGGCACACAAAGCAAGCUAAUUAAGCCACGUACACUGCACACAAGAGAGCGCUUAGCCAGCAAAAAUUAGAGUAGCUUAAUUACUAGCAAUGGAGAACCCUCCGAGUUUCGUAGUGACUCCCAUCGCUGCACCUGUAUCAGCGGAGUUCACCAAACUCACCUUCCGUAGCUUGUAUAUUCGUCGAAGUGGUCCAAGCAGCAGGGAGAUAUCUAUGGAUGGAAAAUCUGAUCUCGGCAAGAGAUAUUUCAGUGACUUCCCCGUAUACGAUGGUCCUGGCUCCGAGGCCAAACUCGUGGCUCGUGUGCAGGGACUCUCAGUCCAAGUUGGUAACACAUACCAAAUAUUCACCAUCGUCUUUGAGACCGAGAGGCUCAAGGGCUCAACGCUCCUUACCAAUGGAGUGAUAACUGGUGGGUCUGAUGAAUGGGCAAUUUUCGGCGGAACCGGAGCGUUUGCUAUGGCGACUGGUGUCAUAAAAAGAAAAUAUCUUGCUGAUAGGGAUGGGGGGAAAAAUACUGAAGAACUUAUGAUAGAUGUUUUCUGCCCACUGUUUGUUGCUUCACAGCCGAAGGGCCCUACCACGAAGGCUGGAUUAUGGGGUGGACAGGGAGGGUCGAACCAGGACAUAACGGUGCCACCAAAGCGUCUGCAGAGCCUCACCAUUCGCAGUGGCAGCGCUAUUGAUGCUAUUGAGUUCACUUAUAUUGACAAUGCUGGUCAGAAGCACACUGCUGGCGCAUGGGGUGGACCUGGUGGCACUGCUCACAGGAUCGAUCUUGACGAUGCCGAGUAUGUCAAGGAAGUUUCAGGAACCUACGGCACAUUUGAAGGCAUUACCGUCUUGACCUCAUUCAAACUUGUCACCAAUGUCAGAACCUGGGGCCCAUGGGCCAUCGAGAAUGGGACACCUUUCUCCAUCACCGCGCCAACCAACAGCAGCAUUGUGGGAUUCUAUGGACGUGCAGGAAGGCUCAUCGAUGCCAUUGGUGUUUACUUUGCGUGAAUUUUGAAGAGCUGGCCUAGAUACACUGCCUUCCCAAAAAUCCCUUAAGGCCCGUUUGUUUCUGAACUGGAAUGGUCUGGAAUUGUUUCAGGCCUAAAAUCAUUCAAUAUUUAUACUAGGCUGAAAAUAUUCGGGGCUAUUCUAGGCCAGAAAUGUCUAACCGAACGGGCACAAUAAAUACAAUUAGCUAGGCAGGGACAAUGCAAUGCACUGGACAUAUGUUAGUGUCUAUGGCCAUCAUCAUCCUUUGUCAAAUAAAGGUCUUGAUCAAAGACUGCCUCCAUGUUAUCGAAUCAUUUCCUUUUAUUAUAGUUUGGGGCUUUCAGCAUUAAACAAUUAUGUAUUAAUAUUUAUUUACUUACACCAA